GAGAACAGAUGAUGGUUUAGCGCAAAGGUCUAGCGCUAAGGUCAACUUGCAUGCUGUAAAUCUAAUAAUAACCACACGUAAAUAAUGAAUUUUUUUUGAAACUUUGACAUGGGUACCCAGAUAAAAGAUGUAAAAAUAUCAGCUGAUGCAAUAAAAUCUUUACUUUCGGAGAAACAUACUGAAUAUAUUUCUGCAUAUGGAAAUAAGAAAGAUGAUUAUGAAUAUUGUAUGACAGAAUAUCUUCGCAUGAGUGGCAUCUACUGGGGUGUAACUGCCAUGGAUCUCAUGGGCAAAAUGGAUUUAAUGAGCAAAGAGGAAAUAAUUGACUUUGUUAAGUCAUGUCAGCAUGAAGAUGGAGGUUUUGGUGCAAGUGAAAACCAUGAUUCAAACCUGCUGUAUACCCUCAGUGCCAUACAGAUUCUAGUUACCUAUGAUUUCCUGGAUGCCAUUGAUGUUGAGAAAGUGGUGAAAUAUAUUUCAAGUCUUCAAAUGGAUGAUGGGUCAUUUGCGGGUGACAUAUGGGGUGAAAUUGAUACAAGAUUUUCAUUUUGUGCUACGGCUGCUCUUUGUCUUGUGGAUAGACUUGAAGCAAUAAAUGUUGACAAAGCUGUGGACUAUGUUGUAUCAUGUAUGAACUUUGAUGGAGGAUUUGGCUGCAGACCUGGGUCCGAGUCACAUUCUGGACAGAUAUAUUGUUGUCUGGGUGUGUUAGCCAUAACUCAUACUUUACAUUACGUUAAUAUUGACAUGUUGGGUUGGUGGUUAUGUGAAAGACAGCUGCCAUCUGGUGGUCUUAAUGGAAGGCCAGAGAAGUUGCCAGACGUAUGCUACUCUUGGUGGGUAUUAGCUUCUUUGAAAAUCAUUGGAAAAAUUCAUUGGAUUAGCAAGGAGAAGCUGAUUGAGUUCAUCCUGGCUUGUCAAGAUGAUGAGACAGGUGGUUUUUCUGAUAGACCUGGUGAUAUGGUUGAUCCAUUUCACACAUUAUUUGGGAUAGCGGGUCUGUCACUAUUAGGAUAUGAUGGGAUCAAACAGGUUAACCCAGUGUUUUGUAUGUCCGAGGAAGUUAUACAAAGGCUAAAGCGUAAACCUGAAAUACUUUGA